CGCAUGCGCAAGCCCGGCUCCAGUGCGCUCGCGGUCCGCCGCCAGCCCUGCUCCCCGCGCUCCGGAGCGGCUGCGCCCGGCCUGGGCCUCCUGCGCUCGCCAUGACGGCGCACUCCUUCGCCCUCCCGGUAGUCAUCUUCACCACGUUCUGGGGCCUCAUCGGCAUCGCCGGGCCCUGGUUCGUGCCCAAAGGACCCAACCGCGGAGUGAUCAUCACCAUGCUGGUGGCCACCGCUGUCUGCUGCUACCUGUUCUGGCUCAUCACCAUCCUGGCGCAGCUGAACCCCCUGUUCGGGCCACAGCUGAAAAAUGAGACCAUCUGGUACGUGCGCUUCCUGUGGGAGUGACCGCUGCUGCUUCGGCCCAGGUGCCCCAGCUGUCUGGAUGAUCUCGGCUCGGCUGUCCCUGAUGACCCCUCCAUCCCCACCCCCACAGCUGUGUUCUGGUCCCUGGGUGCCCCCUCCCCUGAGACCCCAGCCAGUCCAGGUCUCGGGAAGCCCCAAGCCCAGAGUCAGGCUGGAGCAGGAGGUGCCCAUCCCUCAGCCCUCCACUGCGCCUCCCAAGUAGGUUCUGCCCAGCAGCUGGCAAAGGUGGGAUCUGCCUUUUACAAAUGGGGCGGCCCAAGGAAGGCUGCGUAUCCUGCGGGGAAGGGUGUCCAGCCCGGAGUGCUCCGAGCCUGGGCUGGGCCGGGCCAGGGAGGAAGGGCCGGGCGGGGAGGCAGGGCCGGGCAUCCUCGCGCUGCUGCCAUCCUGCUGCGUGAGCUCAGGAUGCAUCUUCCUCUGGGGACCUCCUCACCCGUGGGGUGGAGGCGCUUUGUCAGCUGGCGUAUCAAAGGCCUUCCUUGGAAUUCGUUAAUUUUCUGACACAUGUAGAUGUGAAAUUUCUGAAAAUGCUGAAGUAAUGGGAAAACAUUUCACACUCACAAAAGCAACAGUUAUUUAGACCCAGACUGAAACCUAUGUUUAGCAUCCUUUAAGUUACAAAGUCACCUAAGUUGGCUUGCUCAGAAAGGCGUGUCUCCUCAGAAUAUGCUGUCCCACCUCCCUCCUGGCCUCUCUGCGGAUGGGCUCCCGCCUGCUCAGAGGCUCAGUGUGAGCACUUCAUGGGCCCGAAGGGACUGCAGGCAGCUCCUGCCUUGGGCCGGGACCCCUGCACUCGGCCGCAGUGGGGACGGAUUUCAGAGCCCCUCACAGCAGCGCCGAGGUCACCUGGGGCCAGGAGGAGGAAGAGAGGCGGGUGUGGGCAGUGGUUGGGCAGCACUGCAGGCCACUGGGUCUGCCCUGGCCCCUGAGGCCUGCACCAGACCUGCCUGCCUGGAGUGACCUGGGCUCGGCGCUCGGUGGUGGGUGAUGGGGAAGAACCUGGCCUGCCCAGGGCUGGCAGACAAUGUGCGGGCAUCAGCCCUGAGGGAACCCAGGCCCUCCCAGCCCAUGCCCUCAUCUUCCCCAGAGAGGGGAGGCUGAGACCUCAGACACUUGCCCACAGCCCCCUAGCUAACUGGGGUCCCCUGUUCUCCCAUGUUGCCUACCUGGGGAAAAAGCCAGUCUCACCUAUUUAUUGACUAUUUAUUUGAUUGGCAUUCCAUUUAGUGGGCAUCCCUUUUAUGACAGUGGUAGACGGUGAUAUGGCUCACCUGCACUUCUGGGUUCCCGGUUUGGCCUGUUGCUCAGCCCAGACUGGGGCCUCCCUCUAACACCCCGUCCCCUGACUCCCUUCCUGUCCUGACCCCCGUGGCCCUCCCGCGGUGGGAGGUGUUGAGUGUGGAUCGUACUCAGGGCCUGAGCCGCGUCUAGGGACUACUGAGUGGCGGCGAAGUCCUGGCCGAGGUGAGUUUGCGGGCUGCUGCCGCCCCGCCCACCUUGUUCCCAUGGGCUCCUGGGGUGGAUCUGGGGCACAGGAAAGGGGACUGGCAGCUGCUUGAUGCUGCGGCUCUGGGAUGUGGGCCUGGGGAACUGCGCUCUCCUGAGAGCUGAAGGAAAGCAUUCCAGCUGUCCUGGGUUCUGCUCAGAACCAGGCCUGGCAGGAGGAGGAAGAUGAAGGCGGAAGAUUUAUUCAAGUGGAACUUUGACCCCCCCCCUCACCUGGGCGCCACGUUUCAGAGCACACGGCUCUGGGGCUGUGCAAUAAAGCAGGUCCCAACAAA